AGGGAGGAGUGGAGGCUGCGGACGCAGGGACGGGAUUGGUAGAGUUCAGCGGCGGCUCAGUCCUUCCCCGCGCGGAGCUGUCCAGGGCCGGAGCUGCUGAUCCACCAGGUCCCGACACACCCCCGGAACCAUCUCCGACCACCAGGGUCCCAGCCUUGGAGAGGAACUCCCUCUACGCGUGAAAUCCCGACAGGUCUGGUUUGAACGCUGCGCUUUUCUGCCAUCUCCAUCACUGCUGCGUCCAAGAGCGCGCCGAGCGCAUCAUCCAUCUCCAGACCAGACCGGACCAGACCGGACCAGACCAGACCAAGGACCUGACCCAGGACUCCUCCGGAUCUCCAGCAUGGCUUUCAUGAUCAAACACAUGGUGGGAGGACAGCUGAAGAACAUCACAGGUGGACUGUCGGAGGAGAAACCCGAGGGGGAGAAAUCAGAAGCCGCCGCGCAAGGCAUGACCCAAGAGGAAUUUGAACAAUAUCAGCAACAGUUAGAGGAGGAAAAACAAGAACGAGAAGCUGACGUUGCCCAGAAGAAAGCUGAAAGGGCCACAGUUAGAAGCCAUUUCCGGGAUAAGUAUAGACUGCCGAAGAACGAACUAGACGAGACCCAGAUCCAGCAGGCGGGGGACGACGUGGUCCUGCCCACGGAGCUGGCCAAGAUGAUCGCCGAGGACAACCAGGAGGAGUCGCACAAGCAGUCGGUGCUGGGCCAGCUGUCCAACAUCCAGAACGUGGACAUGGACCAGCUGAAGGACAAGGCCCAGGCCACGCUGGAGGACCUGAAGAAGCAGACGGAAAACUGCAGCCUCAUGUGAUGCGGCCGGCGCCGAGUCCCGGGGGGAUCAGAGUUUUACUUGUGCAAAUAUUUGCCAGAGGCAGAGCUGCUCGGGGUGUAGACAUUUUCUCAACGCUUUACUGGGAUGUCAGAUGCAGAACUACGGUUUUUCUAGUGGUGCGAUGUUACACCGAUGCCUAUGAUUUCCUAUAGCUUCCACUGGACGCAGUCCUUCUAAAUCAUACAAGUCCUGAAUGUCAGACACAUUUUUCACAAAAUUUAAACAAAUGCACUCUUAAAAAAUUGCCAUUCCUCCCACUGAGAUGUGGAAACAUGAGAUUAUUUCUGCCUUUUGAGCAACUCGUCCUCUGAGUAAAGUUUGUCUAGUGUGUGAAAUCCUUUACUCCCUGAUUUUCCCAUGUCUCCCUCGUUCGCUCUAACCGACGUGACCGGCGAUGACGCAAAACGAUUCUGCCACAGAGAUCACAGUCGCGUGUGCUACUUCGUCUUUUCUCUGUAAACUUGCAGAUCCUGAUUCCACCCAGGGGAAUGGCUGAGAUCAGCAUGUACGAGUGUUUUAUGCCUAAUUUAGGUUCCUAAAAUAAAGUAAAAUAGCUCAUCUCAUCCUCCCGUGAAAAACGUGAUGGCAAAAGCAGUUUUGUGUUAGAGCAACAAUAUUGCUGAUCUUUGAAAUAUCGUAUAAACGUUGCUGCUGUCGUCUUAAUCUUUUCCUAGACAUAUCAUUAUUGAGACAUUUUGGUUUUAUAGCCUUUUUUCUGUACUUAAGUGUGCCUUGGAUGUCAAAGUUGUCUUCUUUUGAGCUCCAAGACUCUUUUCCGGGGGAUGAGUCUCCUCGUUCGUGUUUCUGCAGGAGAUUCCUCAGUUUUGGUUCAAUCAAAAAGCCACAAAUGACUCGCAGCAAUACGUAGGUUACAAGUGCGUACGUGUACGUGUGUGUAGUGAUUGUGCUCCCAGAUUUAACAUAGCAUUUAUAUCGUGAGUGCGUCUGUAAAUAUGCUGCAUUUGGAGAGUAAGAUUAUUUAAAAGAAGCUGCUUGGAUGAGGAGAGGGAAUGCCGUAGGAGUCGUACGCCAAAGCCUUCGUCACCAACGCAGAAGAGAUGACACAGUGGUCAGAGACAUGUAGCGGGCUUCUGUACAUCCGUGUUUUGUUUUCAAAUGACAAAAUAAAAAUAGAGAAAUAAUCCAAAAUAAUCAGUUUCCCAUCUUUUGUUUUGAUAAUAAAAAACGGAAAACAGAUCGUUAUCCAUUAUCCGAUUUCAUUGAUGUGUUUGAAAAUAGAAAUUGGGAAUUAAAACAGCGAGUGGAAAACUCUUUUCUCUAUUUCCUAUUGGUUUCCAAGGAAACUGAAAACAAGGAUUGGACCAAUGGGGGGAUUGCACAUGCGCAGUAAUAAAUUAAGAAAGUUGUUUCUGGUUCUUUUGUUGAUCAGAUUGAAAAUGAACAGUUUUAGAUUUUUUUAAUGUUGAAACAGAAAAUAAAUCAAAUCUGAAACCUGGGAGUGAAACAUGAGUUUAAUCUGUAAUCUGUCUUCACUCCGUCAUGAAACUGCAGUGAUGUUGUGACAGUCCGUUCAGCUGCAGCGUCCAAUCAACAGUGUUGUGUUAGUUACUGAAAAAUAGUAACUAGUUACCGUUACAAGUUACUUCAUUAAAAAAGUAACUCAGUUAGGGGGCAGCAUUUCUGUCAAAUAUCCAACGAAUAUCCAACGUAAAACUAACUUCACCGCGGUCUGGCCAUGACCGUCAUGUUUUUGAAAGCACACACACACACACACACACACACACACACACACACACAUACACACACACACACACACACAUCCACACUACGUUUCCUCUGGUCUCCGCGUGCGGGGAAAAAAGCUUCACUGUAGCCAGAAAUAACGGAGUAACGCACCGUUUGGUAGCGGUAAUUGAGUUACUGAAUUUAAAAAGUAAUGCGUUAUUAGAGUAUUAGAGUAUAUGAGUAUUAGUUACCGCAAAACUAACGGCGUAACUGUGGCGCGUUAGUCCCAACACUGCAGAUCAAUAAUCAAUAACAUGUACUGAACUCUAACAUACUGCCCCCCCCGUUGGAAACCAAUAGGAAAUAGAGAAAAGAGUUUUCCACUCGCUGUUUUAAUUCCCAAUUUCGAUUUUCAAACAUGAAAUCGGAUAACGGAUAACGAUCCGUUUUCUGUUUUCCGUUUUUUAUUAUCAAAACAAACGAUGGGGAACGGAUUAUUUGGGAUUAUUUCUCUAUUUCCAUUUUUAAAUUCAAUUCAAUUCAAUUUUAUGUCUCUAGACGCUUUCCAAAGACCCAGAACAUGAUCCCAGAGCAAUUAUUACAUAAACAAUGGCAGGUAAAAACUCCCCUAGUGGGAGAAAAACCUUAAGCCAAACAGUGGCAAGAAAAACUCCCCUUUAGGAGGAAGAAACCUGGACCUGGAUCUGGAUAAUUUUUGUCAUUUCAAAACAAAAAACGGAUGGCCGCGCAGACGGCCCGGGCGUCUCCCGUCCGUCUGCGCGGCCCUGCAGCCGGUCGCUAAGGCUCUCUGGGUCGCUAGUGUGGUCAACCAUCACGACCCCCCCGCCCCGUCCCCCUGACCCCCCGACCCCGUCCUCGUCAACCCCGACGUCUCAGUCGUUGCUUCGUGCUGGUGGAUAUCGUGGAUAUCGUGUUGUUCAGCCAGUGUGAUUUGUCAAAUGGUGUCUUUGUUAAACUGAUAAUAAUAACAUAAAAAAGCCGUAGUGUUCCAGAGCAACACAGUCGGUGUGGGCCGUCGCGGUUCCCAGCGCGGUGUUUUCUGACCGAGCACCAGGGACGGCAGUAAAAACGCUGUUGAUGUCGUGCUGCAUUUAUAAACAGUCCGUCUUUGUCGUGAGUGUGUGCUGAGGAGGAUGUGAGCGUUUUGUGGCGACCCUGGGGAUUCCCUCUGGUGUUGGUUUGUGUACUGACUGUUUCCUGGAGCGUCUGCAGGUGAAGGGUCGGUGGUUUAUGUGGCUCACCUGUAUUUACGCCGGCCGCUAGCCCGGGCUGGGGACACUCCAGCUCCCAGUUACUUUAUCUUUUGAGUAUUCCCCUUCACACACUUACCCGGCUGCAGGAACUGUUACUCAAACAUAUAAAUUAACUUCUCAAAGUUAAUUUCUUAACUUAAUCAUUUCUCAAAUGAUCAAAAUGAACUAAAACAUAAAGUAACAUCAUGUUUAACUACUUUCAAUAAUUCAUAUAUGCUUAAAUUAGCAUAAACAAAUUAAGUCAACUUAAAUUGCAUUGGACUUACUAAACUAGAAAACCCAAUCACAUCCACAUUCAAAACUGGUUCUUUCCUCCCAGUUCUACAAUCGAUCAAGCAGUUUUUCAAGUUUGGGCAGAAAAAACGCAUAACUUGACAAACACCGACCCUUCACCUACAGGAACUCCAGAAAACAGUCAGAAAACAAACCAACACCAGAGGGAAUCCCCAGAAAACAGUCAGAAAACAAACCAACACCAGAGGGAAUCCCCACGGUCGUCACAGUUCCAUCACAUCCGUCCUAAUUUUGAGGCCUGGCAUGAUUCGACAGCCAAAAUCUGUUAUUUUUCUUAUUCUUAUCCUCCUUCUCAGUCCUUCUCAGUGAAUUAUGAAGUCAUAAUCAAAAGAAACUGACGUUUCCGACCUAAAUCCAGAUUAAAAGGAAUUUUAUUUGCCGUUAGCGGGUGCAAACCGAGGCACCGCGUUUCCGCUGCAGUGGUUUUUGUCGAGUGACUUUAUUCAUAAUAUAUCAAUAACAUAAGGCCGAGAAAAAAAUGAUGAGAUGUUUUAUUGUUUUUUUCUGUCGAGUAUCAUCACGAGGUGAUAUGUGGGUGGAAAAGAAGCCAUAAAUCUAAACUAUGUGACUGCAAGUAAUAACUCAGUGAUGAUAGUGACUUUUGUGCUGUUUUCCUGUGGAUCUGGUUUCUAUGGAAACGGGUGAGAUGACACGCAGUCUCCUCUCGUUCUGUGGCUGUUUCUUUGUUUUCGCUGUAUCUGUUUCAGUGAAUUACAAGUUCCAACUGCAAUAAA